UGUGUGUGUGUGUGUGUGUGUGAAGAGGAGAAGAGCGGGGCUUAGAGAAGUGUGGUUGUCCAUUUCCUGUCAGAGUCGGUGUGAACGCAGAACAGAGAAGAGAAACUUCCUUGACUGCCGAGCGAACGGUGUGGACGACUCAGCUGCGGCGCCUUCGGAGGCCGUUCGCACAGAAAUCCAAGAUAAACCCGAGAGGCUGAAAGAGAGAGGAGGACCAUGAGCCGGGGAUCUAAGAGCAAAUCGGAGAGCGUCCAGAGCUCCCUGCUGAGCCAGCAGGAGAACGAGAGGCUGGAGGAGCUGCUGGGCAGAAGGUGUGCUUCGGUGGCCACAGCGAUAGCCCAGCUGUUCAUGGCUCUGCCUCACAGCCCGUCCUCCUGGAGCCUGCAGCACACCGGAGUGGUCUGCUUCGUCAAAGACAACCCGCAGCGCUCCUACUUCAUACGCAUGUUCGACCUGAAGGCUGGGAGACAGAUUUGGGAGCAGGAGCUCUACAAUCAGAUUGUUUACUCAGCACCACGGUCGUACUUUCAUACCUUUCCGGCAGAUGACUGUCAAGUUGGACUGAACUUCUCAGACCAGCGAGAAGCCGCUGCCUUUCAGAGCGCCGUCCAGGAGAAAAUCGGCCAGAGAAACAACCGGCAAGAUAAGAAGCAGCGCCCCCUGCCGAGCAAUGAAAGAGGCUCCCUCCCUCGAGUACCACAGGAAAAAGGCUCUUCCGGCCCUGGAUCUUUCCACAUGGCCACAGUGGAUAUCCAAAACCCAGAUAUACAGUCUUCACGCUAUCGCUCAGUGCUUUCACCUGCCGCUCCCUCAGCUCUGACUGGGAAAAAAGACAAAAAAGACAAGAAAAGCAAGAAAAAGGGUCCAAAACUCUCCAAAAGAGACAUUGGGGCCCCCAGUGGUUUUAAACACGUAACUCAUGUUGGCUGGGACCCCAACAACCUGGACCCCGACCUGUGGAAGCUGCUGUCUCAGGCUGGUAUCGGGGAAGCCGAGAUGAGGGACGAACAAACCUCCCAGCUCAUCUACAACGUCAUCGAGCAGUCAGGAGGCAUGGAGGCCGUCAAGAGGGAGCUGAACAGCGGAGCUUCUGGACCUCCGCCUCCUCCACCUGGCCGACAGGGGCCCCUGCCUCCCCUGCCAGGCUCCAGUCCCUCCGCCCCUACCCCUCCACCCCCACGGACUCGCUCUGGCCCUUUGCCUCCCGUCCCGGGUCAAAAUCAGCGAGGUGCCCCGCCCAGCCUGCCGUCUUCAGGCCGUGGAGGCGUCCCGCCACCACCACCCCCGUCAAACCGGAGUGGCCCUCCGCCGCCACCGGCGCAUGCGAGGUCCCCCAUGCCCUCGGCCCACAACCUGCCUCCCCCGCCUCCCCCGUCCAACCACCGCUCCAUGGGCCUGCCGCCUCCUCCUGUACCAGCUGCACCCAGCAGAGGUGAAGGCGGGGCAGGCCCUGCUCCUCCUCCCCCUCCUCCUCCUCCUCCACCGCCUCCCCAAACUUCCAUUCCUUCAGAUUUCCCUCCUCCUCCAGUUUCUAGUGGCCCCCCACCUCCACCCAGCGGGGGGGGCGACGGCAGAGGAGCUCUGCUCGACCAGAUCCGUCUGGGGAAGAAGCUCCGAAAUGUAACAGAGAACACCGAGCCGCCGCCGCCUGCAGCGCCGGAAUCAGGCGAAGGCAUUGUUGGUGCUCUAAUGAUGGUCAUGCAGAAAAGAAGUAAAGUCAUCCAUUCCUCAGAUGAAAGUGAAGAUGAUGGAGGAGAUGAAGAAGAUGACGACGAUGAGUGGGAUGACUGAUGAAGCUCUCCUUGAGGAUUUUCAUCUUGCUGGAAGCUGGAAUGUUCUCAGUUCAAGAGUACUGAAAUGGCAGCGAGACACAUCGAACAACAACAGAACAAUGACACAGAUGUCUUACCUCACUCAAAGAAAACAUGAAUGAAUGAAUGAAUGAAUGAUGGGAAGUCGCCGUCGUUCAUGUGCAUCACUAGAUUGUUUUUGUAGCUGGUAAACUAAGCAGGCUAGUGUAAUGGAGUUUGGAUUUUUUUUUGUAAUGUUAUUCCUGAGUAUAUUGUGAAAAAUGCUGUUGUGUUGUUUUAAAUGAUCUCCUCAGAGCUCUUUAAGUUCAUAAUUUCCCAGCAGGAAAUUCAGGGUGAAACCGAGUUCGGGCAGAUUUUAUCCUCUCAGAAACUGGAAUUCUUCCACUGUCUAUUUACAGAAACUUAGCUCUGACUUUUGUUGUUACUCUUUGAUUUUUCAGACUCAGACCCUCCUAUAUGUCAUUUCCAGAAAUAAAUUCAGCUCAGAUGUGUAAAAAAAAUGGAUUUUGCUUGCUAAACUAGCGAAGAAAUACCAUUUGGAUACAAUAAAAUCAGUCAAAAUGUGAAAAACUAAUAGUAUUAUACUCACAAUUCCAUGUGUUAUAAAAAAAUAGAAAAUAUUUAACUGGAUUUAAAUAAAAACGAUAACCUUAUGUUCUGCUAUCGUGCAGUAUUUGUGCCUAAAUCUGCCUUGAAGAACCCAUCAGGUGUGUGUUUGAGGAUGAACCCAUCACUUGCAUUGGAGUGGAUGAACUGUGAUCUUUGCCAUCAGGUCACUUCCCUGAUAAAGCAAACUGGAAUAUUGUAUCUGAAAAAAAAAACAAAAACAAAAAAAAAACAAAAACUGCAAAAUAAAGCAGUUUACUAUAAUAAUAACUGAAAUUGGAAAUUAAAAAAAAACAUUGUAUAUUUUUUACAGUAUAACUUUUAGGGAGCUUUUCAGGGUCGGUGCAAAAAUUUGCAUUAACAGCAAAUGACAGACUAUCCUCAAAAAAAAAAACCCAACAUACUAAAUCUGAGCCAGUUUCAUUCCAAUUUUUAUAACAUACUG